AUGGGCAAUCUAAAAAAUUUGUUUCAGUCGAGCGUAGCAGACAAUUUGUUCCAUGGAAGCAUUCCACGAGAAAUUGGAGCAUUGUCCAAUAUGGAGUUGCUAGAUUUUUCUUCAAAUGACCUAAGUGGUUCGAUCCAAGGUUCAACCGCGCAUUGUUUGAAGCUUCGGUACUUGAAUUUGAGUCAGAAUAACUUCAAAGGAAACAUACCUGCCGAGCUAGGGGUGUUGUUCAAUUUACUGGACUUAAGAAAUAAUCAAUUUGUUGAAGCGAUACCAGGCCAACUUAGUGGCCUGAUCAUGCUAGCUAAUUUAAACCUUUCACACAAUGAAUUGAGUGGCACCAUUCCAGCAUCAUUUCAGAUCAUGCAAAGCAUAACAUACAUUGAUGAAUCUUACAAUGAAUUGGGAGGUUGUGCAUCUCCAAUACUCCACAGAGAUAUAACAAGUAACAACAUUUUGCUUGAUUUGGAAUUUAGAGCUUGCAUCUCUGACUUCGGUAUGGCCAAAAUCUCACAAGGCUUGCUGGUAAAAAUCAGUGACUAG